AAGCAACUCAAAUUUGCAAACCCAACUAUGGAUACACUAUCUUAGGAUAGUUACCUAGGACUCUGGGUCUCUGGGUUUUGUUAUUCUCCCCUCCUCUCUUUCUUUUUACAUAUAACUAACAACACUGCUGGUAAUAGGUUGAUUUAUGAGUUAUCCAUAGUUUGUGGAUGAUGGUGUGUAGCCUCUAGUUUGAAGCAAGGGAAGAAUGAGUAGUCAGGAACUGGUCACUUUGAGCAUGGGAGGGAAGAUAUUCACAACAAGACUUUCUGCCAUAAAGCAAUUUCCUACCUCUUGAUUGGCCCGAAUGUUAGAUGGCAGAGACCAAGAAUUCAGCAUGGUUGGUGGCCAAAUUUUUGUUGACAGAGAUGGUGUUCUAUUUAGUUUCAUCUUAGAGUUUUUGAGAAGUCGCCAGCUUUUAUUACUCUCUGACUUUUCAGACUAUAGUAGACUUCAGAGAGAGGCUCUUUUCUAUGAACUUGAUUCUCUGGUUGAUCUCUUAAAUAAACUAGCAUUUGCAACAAGAAAGACCUGUUCUCCUGAAGGUACAUUUUUUUAAACCAAAAUACUCAAGCUUUUUUCAGUGUUUGGCUCCUGCAGCAAAGCAAUUGAGAUGCUAACUAGAAGGAUAGUGUUCAUAGAACAACCUACAGCACCUACUUGGAGUAGUACCUCUUUCUCUGCUCAGAUGACCUUCCUUUCACUAUCUCCACAAAGACCUUCUUAUCAUGACCUGGCUUUCCAAUGUGGCUCUGACAACAUUGAUAAGCAAACCGGAAUCAGGUAUUAGUUCCUUAUGCCUAAAACUGUCCUUGGAAGAAACGCUUGAUCAAACUAGUCUUUUGGAGUAACCAGUAGAGUUGGGUAGACAAUUUUUUUUUCUAAAUCUGGACAACACUGCUGAGAGUACUGUUGGGAUGUGGAACAAUAGGAUUAAACCAAGACUGCCCAAGGUAAACUGGGACUAUAGUCUUGUAAAUUAAAAAAGGAAAUAGUUUAAUAUUUAGAUUAUAUUCCAUUGCUAGUGAAUUUGGCUUGGAAGUGAAUCCCCUUAUAUUCUCAGUAGAUUAUUUUAUGCUUCCAUAUUGGAAAGGUUCAACAGUUUCACCUGAUUUCCUUACACAGCGUUUGUUCUUUCAGUACUUUGAUUCUGAUUUUUAUUCAGUGGAGAAGAUGAAAUACCAUUAAAUACCUUUGUCUCAUGGCGAA